AUGGGGCAUGUAGUUUCGAAAGAUGGCAUUUCAGUGGACCCAGGAAAAGUGGAAGCGGUGGUUAGUUGGCCGACACUGAAGAAUAUUCAUGACAUUAGAAGUUUCUUGGGAUUGGCGGGUUAUUACCGUCGAUUCAUUGAUGGUCUUUCCAAGAUAACAGCUCCUCUCACAACAUUCACCAAGAAAAAUAAUAAAUUCAAAUGGUCAACAAGGUGUGAAGAAAGCUUUCAAGAGUUGAAACGGAGAUUAGUGACAGCUCCGGUGUUAACAGUCCCCACUGCUAGAGGUGGGUUUGUAGUUUAUAGUGAUGCAUCAAGAUUUGGAUUGGGAUUCGUAUUGAUGCAACAUGGGAAGGUUAUAGCAUAUGCCUCACGCCAACUGAAAGCAUACAAACAGAAUUAUCCCACGCAUGAUCUGGAACUUGCGGCAGUCUUUUUUACACUUAAGAUUUUGAUGCAGGACAUGGAUGCAACCAAUGUGGCAUCUGUUUCCUAUGAUUCUGGAACACUUAAGUGA